AUGGGGAACAAUGCACGACAAACAUUGUACUGCAGGGUUAACAACCACAUGGGACAGGAAGAACAGACUUUAAAUCACAGUUGGCAGGCAAUCCACAAUUGGCUGCAAAAAUUUGGACCAUCUAAAACUGAUUGGAGUAAAAAACCUGCAUGCCAACAGAAUGGAAGUGAAGAUGUUAAAAACUUUGCAGAAAGAUUUGUUGAUGUCUGGAUCAAGCUUCCUGGUCUAGCUCCUAAUAACAAUCCAGAGAAAGAGGACGAAAUUUGGUCCGAGUGUCAGCAGCUUGAGGAGAUUCCCCUAAAGGUGUUCACGACAUCAUUCCCGGCAAGUGGGUCUACGUUAAGAAAAUACACAAAGAACCGUUGGGUGCCAAGUGGGAAGAGUGCUGCCAAUCCAACAGUGAACAGAAAUGAUGAAAAUGUGAAGAGAGGUAACUGGUCCUCAAAGACUGACUACUUGCUCUUGAUGAUUGGCUGUGCUGUGGGUCUAGGCAAUGUCUGGAGAUUCCCUUUCCUGGCUUACAAAAAUGGAGGAGGUGUAUUUCUUAUUCCCUACUCAAUCAUGCUGGGUCUUGUUGGGAUACCAAUAUUUUUCUUGGAAUCUUCCUUUGGACAGUUUGCCAGCCUCGGGCCUGUUGCAGUGUGGAAAUCUGUACCAAUGUUACAAGGUGUUGGAGUCACCAUGGUCCUUCUGAUCGUAAUUGCCAACAUUUCCUAUGCCUGCAUUAUUGGUUACAGUCUGUACUACCAGUUUGCUUCCUUCCAAUCACCCCUACCAUGGGCAGAUAUGCUAUUGAGUGUCAUAGGAUGCAUCUUCAUGAAGUGGGAACCUUCACUGUUGAUUCAAGCAGUUUUACACCGUACAAGUUCAUUGGAUGAGACUGGGGAGAUUGUCUGGCAUUUAGCCCUCUGUCUGCUUCUAGCCUGGCUGAUGGUUGGGGCAGCAUUUUUGAAAGGAAUCAAAUCUUCAGGAAAGGUUGUUUAUUUCACUGCAAUUAUCCCGUAUGUGGUUGUGACGAUACUCCUGAUCCAAGGGGUUACCCUGGAGGGAGCCUCUAAAGGAAUUGAAUUCUACAUCGGAAGCCAUUCAGACUUCUCCAAACUGGCUGAUGCUCAGGUCUGGAAAGAUGCUGCAACACAAAUUUUCUACUCGACAUCAGUGGGUUGGGGCAGUUUAAUCACAUUGUCAUCCUACAACAAAUUUCACAACAACUGUUACCAAGAUACCAUCAUUGUCUGUGUUGUUAAUUGUGCUACGAGUGUGUUUGCGGGAUUUAUCAUCUUCUCCACUCUUGGACACAUGGCUCAUGUGCAAAACAAGCCCGUUUCAGAGGUUGCACAGUCAGGGUUUGGUUUGUCCUUUAUUGCCUACCCAGAGGCCCUUGCACAGUUGCCAUGGGCAACUUUAUGGUCCAUUUUAUUUUUCUUCAUGCUGCUCACUUUGGGACUUGACACAUUGUUUGCAAGUUUUGAAACAGUAAUAACAAGCCUGCUGGACCAGUUUCCUGAGUUCCUUAGGCCAAAGCGUCUUUAUCUGACAGCUGGUCUUUGUUUGUUCUUUUAUAUCCUUGGCCUUCUGUUUGUAACACAGGAUACCGCCAAUGAACAUGGUGCUGUGGGUGAUGAGAAUGUGGAACGGGGUAACUGGUCUUCGAAGACUGAUUACCUGCUCUCAAUGAUUGGUAAUGCAGUGGGUUUUGGGAAUGUUUGGAGAUUUCCUUACCUGGCUUACAAAAAUGGAGGAGGUAUGCCUCAACCACUGAUAUGGUUCUCGGAAAACGCCACGCUUCUGGGUAAGAAACUUACAGCCAGGCUUGAAAUUGAGUGCGAGAGUGAACAGCAGGCCUGUCCCAGCAGCCAGCGAAGAGAGAGGGAGAGAGAGAUCUGUCCCAGCAGUCAGGAGAGCCCCCCCGAGAGAGCCCAGGUUCCGAUUCUUCCUCCACCGCUUCUGGCGGAGAGCCCUGCAGUGAUGCAAAAACAGGUACAACAAUACCCCGGCCUGUGCGACUACCAGCAGGUGGGACGCUAUACGGAUCCAAGGCGGGAUAACAAUCCAUGA